AUGACUUCAUUUAUAGAUAGCCCUGCUCAAGGUUCCCAUCAAAUUGCUAUGGGUGAGAUCGAUCUAAUGCCUGAUAUAUCAACACUGUGUUGUAUCCCCUGGUCCGACCAAGAGAAAAUGGUAUUGGUUGAUAUGCAUUCAACACCCGGCCAACCUUGGGACUAUUGUCCAAGGACAACCUUGAGAAGAAUUGCAACUAAAUUGGAAGAAGAAUUUGGUUUGGUUGUAGGUAUUGGUUUUGAGAGCCAUUUUUAUCUUCUAAGAAGGGAAGAUAAGAACAAUUGGAUUGCAAUUGAUUCCACAUCGUACUGCUCAGCUGCAGCCUUUGAUGGUGCAUCACCUGUUCUGUUAGAUGUUCUUUAA